AUGUAUGAUGUUGUUGCAGAUGUUUUACUGGAUUUUGAAAUGCUUUUUUCCGAUGAUUCUGGUGAGUUGUAUUGCAAUGAAGUGAAGGUUGUUUCAAGUGGGUUGGGUGAAGCAACGAUUGGGACGUUUGUCGAGUUCGAGAAUGCUGUGAAGGGGGAAAAUUCGAGAAGAGCUUUACGGGGUGGGGAGAUUCAUCCGGUAACACGUUAUGUUAUGAAUUAUAUUAAAUUACUGGUUGAUUAUAACGAAACGUUGAACACCCUGUUGACAAAUAGUCAAGAUCAUGAUCUGAAUUCUGAACUACCCGAUGAUAUCGACAGUGGUGAUACCUUAUCUUCUAUUUCAUGUCAGUUGCUAUCACUAAUUACUUCUUUAGAAGCGAACCUUGAAGAGAAAUCAAGAUUGUAUGAUGAUAACGCUCUGCGGGUACAGUCUCUUUGGAGGGUCUCUGAUGCUCAACUUCGUGAAGAACUUCGAAUAUUGAUAUCUGAAAAAAUGCUUCCUGCUUAUCGCUCGUUUUUCGGGAGGUUCGGGAGUCAACUUGAUAAGUGGUACUGGUGCGAAUGGAGUGAAAACGAGUAA